AUGACAGGACCAAAAAUAACUCGGACAAUGUGCACCUUUUUCGGGCCGCUCGCUUCGUCCACCUAUAACAGCGCACAGUCGCGCACAUAUACAUUAAGAGAAGAACAUGCCUGUUGUUUUAGAACCCACACGCCCCCCUUCGCGAACCUUCAAGCUGUCAAACAAAUAUCAAGGAAACCCCACGGUGGUGGCUGUGCCCAGCCGAGCCGACGAACACCUCCUCUUUUCGCCAAUCUCGCCGUUGCCGAGAACAAAUCCGAUAAAUGCGGGAAAAAUAAGGAAAGCAAGAAAAAAAUGGCUUCGAGUUAAGCAGUGGGCUGUUAUCCCCCAUGUGUUCUUGAGUUCUUCCCUGUUGUCGUUAUUUUAUUCCCCGUUUUCCAUCUUUCGAGU